AUGGCUGGGGGUGGAGGCUACAUCGGGCCUGGGGGUGAUGGGUCCUCGAAUGGCGGACAACCUCAUGGGACGGAGUAUACACUGCAAGGCGUGAUGCGCUUUCUGCAGACGGAAUGGCAUCGGCACGAGCGAGAUCGCAAUGCCUGGGAGAUAGAGCGCGCGGAGAUGCGGUCCCGGAUCGGUAGGUUAGAAGGUGAUGUACGAACGAGCAAACGGCUGCACGAGUCAUUGGGCAAGCAUGUGAGGCUGCUCGAGGCUGCUCUGAAGAAAGAGCGUGAGAAGGUGAAGAAGCUGAGCAAUAAUGAACCGAUCGAGGAUACGAGGGACUCCAAAGAGAUUGCCCGGGAGAGCAUCAACGCAUUGAAGUCGCAACGGUCCAAAUCCCAGGCCGAUCUCACCACCGAUAUCGACACCGACCACCAACCUGGCGUCCGACAGGAGAACGAACGGGAGAAGUCGCGUCUGUACCUGUCAAAGUGCUCGCAAGAGGUUGCAUUUCACGUUAUCCCUACGUCGCAUCCUGCUCCCGAUGUAAACGACCUGGAACUCUCGAACCAUAUGUACGCGAACCACAACAUGCCUCAGCAGAGUCUAGAGGAAGCCUACAUUCAGCAGCAGCGCCAAAAGCAGCAGCAGCAGCAACAGCAGGCAAAUCACAUGAUGGCACGCGAGGUAGCACUACAAAAUCACCAGCCUAUUGUGACUCAUUAUUCGGACAAUCCCAACAUGUCUCGCGCUCCCAAUCAAUUCCUUCCCCCCGUGGCGCGAGAUAUCAUGGACAAAAGACCGCUGGAGGCACAGCAGACCCCCGCUACCGCUAUUGACAACAGAAAGCAGGCGUUUGAGUCAGGCUUAUCGGAUGAGCGCGCUGGUGCUGCGAAGCAACAGUACGAUAACACGCAGGCAGCGGCUAAGGAGGAGGGUCAAUCCCAGCAGGCGGAAGAUCAAAUACAGGAUACAGACGGGUGGAACUUUGAUGAAACCCCGGCUCAGGAGUCUCGGACUGCCCACAUCCCACCUCACCGACCAGACGUGGAUGCCUUUCCCAACGCGAACUUCACCGGGUCAAAGUCCCCCUCACGAGGUGGAUCAGUAUCGCAUCGAAGGAAGAGCUCUGGCUCCAAACGUAAGAGCGAAGGUGCCACAGACGUCGGAGCGGGAGCAAUGCAGAAACAGGAUCCUAUUUUCAAAGUUCGAUUCGCUCUUCGCGGCCACCUGGACGUCAUCCGCUCAGUAAUCUUCACGGGCGGUGGUAGCCCGUCCGAACCCGAGAUUUGCACGUGCAGUGAUGAUGGGACCAUCAAAAGAUGGAUCAUACCAGCAUCGUACGGGGCUUAUGGGUCACACGGAGGGAACUCAGGCAACGAUCUGGAUAUAACGAGUUACUUCACCCAUCGGGGUCAUGUUGGAGCAGUAACUGCACUGGCUGCGUGCUCCCCGUCCCAAAAUUUCUCAAAUGGUGGCCGUGCCCUGGGUGACGGAUGGGUAUUCUCUGGUGGACAGGAUGCCAGCGUGCGUGUUUGGGAACGCGGACGGGUUGAUCCCAAGGCCACACUUGAUGGUCACACCGAUGCUGUUUGGGGCCUUUGCGUUCUUCCUGGCACGGCUGGUACUGUGUUUGGGGAUUCGUCCAGUCACUAUGGAGGUCCAGAUCGGAUCUUGCUGGCGUCGGGCGCUGCCGAUGGGCGGAUAUUGAUCUGGGCCGUCAGUGCACCUCCCCAGCUAUCAUCGCCACAAGCCGGUUCUAGGCGAGCUGGUGGAAGUCGGCGGGCUAACUCGAUAUCAUCUGGGUCUAAUUUCCCAUCUUCACCUCAACCUAGCACCGCAACCACCACGCCUUUCCACUACACUCUCGUCCAUCAUAUACUUCGGGCCGACUCUCCCUCACCAACUUGUAUCAGCCCUCUGUCUCUUGCAGGUGUCAAUUUCGUCGUUUCAUACACGGAUGCUUCGAUCCUUGUAUAUGACACGAGAACCGGUGAGGAGAUUGUGGGCAUGGCGAGCUUGGAAACCUACGAUGGCACUCCCUCGACGGGAGUGAACUCUGUCGUUGCCACCACUAUUGGCUUUGAUGGGUCUGCAGGCCUCGAUCCUAGCCGGACGUUAGCUGAUGAAGAAGUUGUGCACGGAGCUACCGGCUCCAGUGCUGUGGAAGGAGUAAUCAUAAGUGGAUACGAAGACAGAUAUAUCCGUCUCUUCGACGCCAAUAGCGGCCAAUGCACAUACACGAUGCUGGCCCACCCCGCGGCUAUUGCUGCACUUUCCUUAUCUCCUGAUGGACGUGAAUUAGUGUCCGCGGGGCAUGACGCCAGCUUACGGUUCUGGAACCUUGAGAAACGUAGCUGCACCCAAGAGAUUACAAGCCACCGAUUGAUGCGUGGUGAAGGGGUGUGUGCCGUCACCUGGAGCCGCGAUGGCCGCUGGGUCGUCAGUGGUGGAGGAGAUGGUGUUGUCAAGGUCUUCUCAAGAUAA